AUGAAGUGUGAAGAAGGUGAUAGUGAGCGCAGCCCGCCGUUGCUGCCACCAGCGUCUUUGUUGGCAUGGAGUCCUAUUUUGCUCCCUCCAUGGGGCCCGGCCUUCCUUCCGGCGCUAUACCCGGCGGCUUUUCGAUCCGCUUUUCCCGGGUUGUUGGAUAGUAUGAAAAUGCCUGGGCAGCGGCCGGGAUUCCAAAUAUCCGACAUCCUUGGUCUAAACGAGGCUAAGGGCCUAGAUACGACUUCGCACAACAUCAGUGGCUGUUCUCUGGACAUACCUCCUUACCCGCCCCAGCAUCCGUAUUCACAUGAACUACUGAGGCAUCACCAGCCCUGGCUCACAUUAGAUCACCAUGAUAGUGCAGGUAUUAUCGGUCAACAAGCGAGUCCGGACAGUACAUCUAGAGCAUCAGAAAUAUCAUAUGUUGGACCCUCAGCCACUUCGCCCUCAACUGGCCCACGUCAUGACCACGACCACGAUCACGACAAUGACCACGACAUCAUAGAUCACGAUGACGAUAACGACGAUCACCCUCCCAGCAACAACGACCCUAGUCUAGUACAUAAGAAACGCAAACGGCGCGUGCUAUUCUCCAAAGCACAGACCUACGAAUUGGAGAGAAGAUUUAGGCAACAGAGAUACUUAUCAGCACCAGAAAGGGAACACCUCGCUAGUUUGAUAAGAUUAACGCCGACGCAGGUGAAAAUAUGGUUUCAAAAUCAUAGAUACAAAACGAAACGCGCCGUUCAAGAGAAGGGCGCUCACGAUUUGAAUGUUGCUGGUCUGAAUUCUCCGCGACGCGUUGCAGUCCCCGUUCUGGUCAAAGACGGAAGGCCUUGCUUAAGCAAGCCCGAUGGCUUGCCACCUUUAGGCAUGUCCCUGCCCCCAUACCAACCAAUGCACCAUCAGCCUCCAACGGGGCACUCGCACCAACCCACUGGUUGUUGGUGGUGA